AUGGCCUCCGUGCUCAAGCUGGGCGGCCCCGCGUUAGGCUGGCCCAGCAGCUCCGGCCUUGCCGGCCCUUGUCCCUCAGUCCAUGCAGCACUGGCCACAUCCUGUGCUCUUGGCGCAGCCACCCCCUGGGCAGUGCUCACUGGGCCUCGGAAGCCUCCAGCGAUCAGUAACAGGUGCACGUACUUCCCUGUGGCCUUCUGCUUGCCAGGUUUAGAAGGCCACCGUGUCACCAGUGGGGACAACCGUCUGAGCCUGAGCCACACAGACGAUAAGGCCUUGCUGUCUGUCGACGGUGCUGCGCCAGGUCCAGACGCAGGAGCUGCCCACGGCACUGGACCGAAGCCGUUCUGUGACAGCGGGAUUCGUGUGGGCAGGCGUGACCCUCCCAGGCCCCCGGGAGAGCGUCUCAGAUGCACGUACUUCCCUGUGGCCUUCUGCUUGCCAGGUUUAGAAGGCCACCGUGUCACCAGUGGGGACAACCGUCUGAGCCUGAGCCACACAGGGGAAGUGGAGGUUCCAGAUGCAGUCGAUCCUCUGGGACGAGUGGAGGGACGGGACAGCCCUGUUCCGACUCUGAAAGGCUACUUCCUGAAUUUCCUGGAGCCGGUAAAUAACAUCACCAUCGUGCAAGGCCAGACGGCGAUCCUGCACUGCAAGGUGGCAGGCAACCCGCCCCCCAGCGUGCGGUGGCUGAAGAACGACGCGCCGGUGGUGCAGGAGCCGCGGCGGGUCAUCAUCCGGAAGACAGAGUACGGCUCCCGGCUGCGGAUCCAGGACCUGGACACCACAGACACCGGCUACUACCAGUGCGUGGCCACCAACGGGGCGAAGACCAUCACGGCCCCUGGGGUGGUGUUCAUUCUGUGCCUUUUUCUCUUUCUAGGCCCGACGCACAGCCCUAACCACAACUUCCAGGACGACGACCACGAGGACGGGUUCUGCCAGCCCUACCGGGGCAUCGCCUGCGCCCGCUUCAUCGGGAACCGCACCAUCUACGUGGACUCUCUGCAGAUGCAGGGAGAGAUCGAGAACCGCAUCACGGCGGCCUUCACCAUGAUCGGCACCUCCACGCACCUGUCGGAUCAGUGCUCGCAGUUCGCCAUCCCGUCCUUCUGCCACUUCGUGUUCCCACUGUGUGACGCGCGCUCCCGGGCGCCCAAGCCGCGCGAGCUGUGCCGGGACGAGUGCGAGGUGCUGGAGAGCGAGCUGUGCCGCCAGGAGUACAGCAUCGCGCGCUCCAACCCGCUCAUCCUCAUGCGCCUGCAGCUGCCCAAGUGCGAGGCGCUGCCCAUGCCCGAGAGCCCGGACGCCGCCAACUGCAUGCGCCUCGGCCUCCCGGCCGAGCGGGGAUUUUACCACCAGUGCUACAACGGCUCGGGCGCAGACUACAGAGGGACCGUGAGCACCACCAAGUCAGGGCACCAGUGCCAGCCGUGGGCCCUGCAGCACCCCCACAGCCACCACCUGUCCAGCGCAGACUUCCCCGAGCUCGGAGGGGGGCACGCCUACUGCCGGAACCCCGGCGGCCAGAUGGAAGGCCCGUGGUGCUUCACGCAGAAUGCGAACGUGCGCGUGGAACUGUGUGCCGUGCCCGCCUGCAGCCCCCGCGACAGCAGCAAGAUGGGCAUCCUGUACAUCCUGGUGCCGAGCAUCGCCAUCCCCCUGGUCGUCGCCUGCCUCUUCUUCUUGGUCUGCAUGUGCCGCAACAAGCAGAAGGCCCUGGUGUCCACCCCGCAGCGGCGGCAGCUGGUGGCUUCGCCCAGCCAGGACAUGGAGAUGCCCCUCAUGAGCCAGCAUAAGCAGGCCAAACUCAAAGAGAUCAGCUUGUCCGCAGUGCGGUUCAUGGAGGAGCUGGGGGAGGACCGGUUCGGGAAGGUCUACAAAGGCCACCUGUUUGGGCCCGCCCCGGGGGAGCAGACCCAGGCAGUGGCCAUCAAAACGCUGAAGGACAAGGCGGAGGGGCCCCUGCGUGAGGAGUUCCGGCACGAGGCCAUGCUGCGGGCGCGCCUGCAGCACCCCAACAUCGUCUGCCUGCUGGGCGUGGUGACCAAGGACCAGCCCCUCAGCAUGGUCUUCAGCUACUGCCCGCACGGCGACCUGCACGAGUUCCUGGUCAUGCGCUCGCCCCACUCGGACGUGGGCAGCACGGACGACGACCGCACGGUGAGGUCGGCCCUGGAGCUGCCCGACUUCGUGCACGUGGUGGUGCAGAUCGCGGCCGGCAUGGAGUACCUGUCCAGCCACCACGUGGUGCACAAGGACCUGGCCACCCGCAACGUGCUGGUGUCCGACAAGCUGGCCGUGAAGAUCUCCGACCUGGGCCUCUUCCGCGAGGUGUACUCGGCCGACUACUACAAGCUGAUGGGGACGUCGCUGCUGCCCGUCCGCUGGAUGUCCCCCGAGGCCAUCAUGUACGGCAAGUUCUCGGUGGACUCGGACAUCUGGGCCUACGGCGUGGUGCUCUGGGAGGUCUUCAGCUACGGCCUGCAGCCCUACUGCGGCUACUCCAACCAGGACGUGGUGGAGAUGAUCCGCGGCCGCCAGGUGCUGCCCUGCCCUGACGACUGCCCGGCCUGGGUGUACGCCCUCAUGAUCGAGUGCUGGCACGAGUUCCCCAGCCGCAGGCCCCGCUUCCAGGACAUCCACAGCCGCCUGCGGGCCUGGGGCAACCUGUCCAGCCACAACAGCUCAGCGCAGACCUCGGGAGCCAGCAACACCACGCAGACCAGCUCCCUGAGCACCAGCCCCGUGAGCACCGUGAGCAACGCGCGCUACGUGGGGCCCAAGCAGAAGGCCCAGCCCUUCCCGCAGCCCCAGUUCCUGCCCAUGAAGGGCCAGAUCCGACCCCUGGUGCCCCCGCCCCAGCUCUACAUCCCCGUCAACGGCUACCAGCCCGUGCCAGCCUACGGCGCCUACCUGCCCAACUUCUACCCCGUGCAGAUCCCAGUGCAGAUGGCCCCGCAGCAGGUGCCCCCUCCGCUGGUCCCCAAGCCCAGCUCGCACCACAGUGGCAGUGGCUCCACCAGCACGGGCUACGUCACCACGGCGCCCUCCAACACGUCCGUGGCAGACAGGGCAGCCCUGCUCUCGGAGGGCACCGAGGACACACAGAAUGUGCCCGAAGACGCAGCCCAGAGCCCUGUGCAGGAAGCGGAGGAGGAAGAGGAAGGCUCUGUCCCUGAGACCGAGCUGCUGGGAGACAGUGACACGCUGCAGGUGGACGAGGCCCAGGUGCAGCUGGAGGCCUGAGGGGCAUGGGGCCCAGGGCACAGGAGAAGCCCCACUGCCACUCCAUCAGGACUUCAGCCACCUUGGAGAGACUCGAGCCCGAGGACUGAGGGCUGGUUUGCAGACCGGGCGCUGGGAGACCCCCACCUGGCCCACACUUGACACGUGAAGCAGCCGCAGCAGGCCCGUCGGGUUGGAGGUGGUUUUCGCCAGCGGGGCCCAUGGGCAGGCAGGGAGCCCGUCACCUCAGCUUCCUCUGCUGCAGGAUGGCAGUGACCCGAGGCUGCCUGCAGCUGUCCCAGCAGCAGAUCUGAGAGCAGCAUAGGUUUUGUGAGAAAACAGGUGGUGUCUUCAUAUUGUGCGUGGACCGAACGUCUGACAGCACCUGCAACGGCCUCAGGACACGCCUAGGGAUUUCAGACCACCAGUGACCGGGGGUGGGUUUGAGGAUGGAGGGGGUGCCCUUCCUCUCUGCUGCUCCUGCCAGGAGCCUUCUCCAUUAGCAGAGACCGGCAAGAAGAGGGCAGUGCCCCUGCCCUCCGCCAGGGUCUUGAGAGCAAGGGCCUUCUGAGACGGAGGGCCCCAGUGUUACCACAGUGUGCCUUUGAGGAGACCGACGCGAUUCUGUAUCUUUGUGAAAUGGUUUUAAUUAUACUACAUAUGUAUUUUGCUCACUUUCCUGGAAUUCAGAGGAAAGUGUUUCUCGGGUUUGAAUGUUCAGAGGAAGCAAUAUUGUACAGAACACAGUACUGUUAUUUUUUUUUAAGAAUCAUGUACAGACCUUAUGUAAUUUAUGUUGUUUGUAUGUAUGCCUUUUUCAUUGAAGUAUUUUGAUCCUGAAAGAAUGGCUUAGUAAUUUAACUGCCCAUAUCCUCCACCUGCCCCCGGAUGCCCUGUGCCGUGUUCCAGGUUUGCCUGUCCAUGCCACGUGUCACCGAGGUCCAUGCAAGUCAGAGCCCUGCACACGGAGGCCCUCAGGCUCCUGUGCCUGCAUGUGCUGUCCACCCGCUUGUAGCCAAUAAACUGAACAGAACGGA